CGCAAAUUAGCUUCUGAUGCGAUCACUAUGGGCUUCAGAAAGCAAUCCACCUCCUCUUUCGUCCCACGGCUAUGUUAGGCAUUGCUCUGGCAACUGAUAUCUGAUAACUCAAUUUUGUCACGGGACCGGGACUGGCGUCAGCAGUAUCUGUAACAUCCGGUCUCCGUCGCUUAUGCACUGCACUCAUGCUCAGAUGAUGUCAAGGCUCGAACACAGACAAGAACCACAUACUCGCAGCCAUCACAUACAUUAGUUUGACCUCGGUUAAGCUGUGAUUGAGUCCUUUCGGCAAGGUUUCGGCGCUUGGACUGAACACAUUGCGUGCUACCACGAUCGACUCCUAAGACACUGUCGAACGCCCAGAACAGAUUCGCCAUGUCGUCCGGGCGAGGCGGUGUCGAAAGCUCGCAGCGAGGCCAAAACGUUGAGCAGAACCUCUGGACAGGAUUUCCCGGUUCCGGUGGUGCAGUCCCGGGUGCUGCACUCAGCUACACUGAUCCGACGCCGUUACAGCGCUCACUGGUCCCAGAGCAGCCACAGUCCUAUGGGAAACCGACGAAUCAGGCACCAGAUCGACUUCCUGGCAUGAUGGAUGCGCGCUUCUGUUCUGCCAACGUGUGGCCGCCCGGCACCUUAAAUACGGCGGCCGUGAAGAACGGAGACGGAAGCGUGUGGUCGCAACACGUUGAAGGCACCGUUCGCACCGACGCCGGAAAUGAUCCCGAGGUCGAUCAGGCUCCAUCAAGUAACAAAAGUUCUCCAUCAAUACCGUCACGGCCACACGCUGCAGUCGAAAAGCGGUACAGACGCACAGUAAAUACCAAGCUGCAGCAACUACAUGCCGCCAUACCGCCGUCGGGAUCAUUUUCACUUGACCCCGCAGAAAGGUUCCGCUCUAGCAUGGACGGUAGUGAACCCGAGCAAGCAGCCAAGCCCGUUGUACUCGAUAAGGCCAUUCAAUACACCACGCACUUGAUUGAGACUUAUCGCAAAUACGACAAUGAUAUCGAAACACUUCGACAGCAAGUUCGCGAUUGGCUUGGAGAGGAAGAGGGGACGUCGUCACCUGGCAGCAACAAGGGAAGCGCGGGGUAGGACGAGCGCAGCGCGGGCCAUGGCGGCGGUGAGCACUUGCUGUUGAUGCGACUGUGCGCAGGUGGCGGGUUCUCACGGCUUUUGCGCUGCCCUGUGCAUAGGCGCUGCUUUCUCAACGGAUUCGACACGAAUCUCGAAUCUCUCAUUUUACACCUGCCUAGCAAAAGCUGUGUUGGAAAUUACAAGCAACCUGCAAUGUCGAUGGUUUGAUGACAGAGUUAUUAAAGUACUGUGCCAACUUCAACAAUUCCAGUUGCGCACAUAUAAGCAGGCUAUCAAACACCAAGCACAGACGGACCGAUUAGGAUUUGUACCAGCCUCGUGCCGAGCGCGAGAUAUCUAAGACUAUCUCAGGCAUAGUGCGAUCCGGACAAUCAGUUACACCACUCUUGGCACCACCACUAGGCGUCACCAGCAAUCAGAGUGCCUCUCGCAUAUUCUCGUGGCCAUAUACGAGCCAUUACAAUCUAUCCUCCAUACUCUUUAGUUCAGUAAUUACUCGGCCUGUCUGUAACAAUCGUUCGCCACUGCAAAAGCUUCAGACACUCGAUUCAGCCUCCUACAUUUGCCGACCCUCCUCAAAAUGUCUCUCCAAAGAUGCA